AUGGCUACAGAUGUAAUACUGCAAAACACUGUGGAAGAGGAGGAAAGCCAGCAUGGGGAUCAAGUCUCUGAACAGCUCAAAGAGAAUCAACUAGUUUCAAGCCAAAAGUUUCAAAGAUUUGACUCCUUGGACAUCGAGUCUGGCGCUGAUCACAGGCACUCCAAGGAAAUGACGUGGUCCGUAAUACUGACCCUGGCAUUUCAGAGCAUUGGAGUUGUAUAUGGAGAUCUUGGUACUUCACCACUUUAUGUGUUCUCGAGCACCUUCCCCAAUGGAAUCAAAGAUAAAGAUGACAUCUUGGGUGUUCUUUCUUUGAUUCUUUAUACAGUCACAUUAAUCCCCUUGAUUAAGUAUGUUCUCAUCGUCCUACAAGCAAAUGAUAACGGCGAUGGAGGGACAUUUGCACUGUACUCUCUCUUAUGUCGACACGCAAAGAUUAGUUUGAUUCCGAGCCAGCAAGAAGAGGAUUCCAAUGUUUCAAAUUUCAAACUUGAAGUUCCUAGCAGACGUCUAAAAAUGGCAUCAACUCUUAAAUCUGCACUGGAGAACAGUCACUUUGCCAAAGUCUUCUUACUCUUUGCCACAAUGCUUGGCACUUCCAUGGUCAUUGGCGAUGGUGUCCUCACUCCUUGCAUCUCAGUUCUAUCAGCUGUGGUUGGCAUCAAGGGAGCUACGUCUGCAAUGACAGAAGAUAUGAUUGUGUGGAUAUCGGUAGCCAUCUUGAUAGUCCUUUUCAUCAUCCAAAGAUUUGGAACUGACAAAGUGGGCUACAGUUUUGCUCCAAUACUUUGUAUUUGGUUUCUAUUCAUUGGUGUGAUCGGCAUGUACAAUUUCAUCAAAUUUGAUCCAAUGGUUAUCAAAGCCAUAAAUCCACGAUACAUAGUGGAUUACUUCAUACGGAACAAGAAAGAAGCUUGGAUCUCCCUUGGUGGCGUUAUUCUAUGCAUAACAGGAGCUGAAGCUCUGUUUGCUGAUGUUGGCCACUUCACUGUUCGAUCCAUACAAAUUAGUACAUGCACGAUUGUUUACCCAUCUGUAGUGUUGGCUUACAUUGGGCAAGCCUCUUUUCUUCGCAAGCAUGCCGAUCUUGUUGCUGAUACCUUCUUCAAGUCUAUACCAAGACCUAUAUAUUGGCCUAUGUUUGUUGUUGCUGUAUUAGCAUCAAUAAUAGCAAGUCAAUCCCUGAUUUCUGCGACCUUUUCCAUAAUUCAACAAUCUCUGUCAUUAGGGUGUUUCCCUCGUGUGAAAGUCGUGCACACAUCAUCCAAGUAUGAAGGACAAGUUUAUAUUCCGGAGGUCAACUUCAUUCUUAUGUUGGCCUGUGUAGGGGUCACCUUGGCUUUUAGGACCACUACAAAGAUUGGAAAUGCACUAGGUAUAGCAGUGGUGUUUGUAAUGACACUAACUUCAUCAUUCCUCGUGCUAAUUAUGAUAAUGAUAUGGAAAACCCACAUACUUCUCAUUAUCUCAUAUGUUCUUAUUAUUGGAAGUAUGGAGCUUCUGUAUUUAAGUUCAGUCCUUUACAAGUUUGACCAAGGGGGAUAUCUUCCAGUCGCCUUUGCCACUCUAAUGAUGGCUAUAAUGUUUGUUUGGAAUGAUGUUUAUCGAAGAAAGUACUACUAUGAGGUUGAACAGAAAAUAUCUCCUCAAAAGUUCAAGCAAAUUGCUGAUGAUAGAAAAUUUUGUCAUAUCCCUGGCCUCGCCAUAUUCUACUCGGAACUUGUUCAUGGCAUCCCACCCAUUUUCAAUCACUACUUAGCCAACGUGCCUGCAUUGCACUCAGUCCUUGUUUUUGUCUCCAUCAGACACUUACCCAUAAGCAAGGUUCCGAUGGAAGAGCGUCUCCUCUUCCGCCGAGUAGAGCCCAAGGAGCUUAAUGUAUUUCGAUGUGUUGCGAGGUACGGGUAUACAGAUCUCUACAAUGUGCAAGAACCCUUUGAAGAAUUGUUGGUAAAAAAGUUGAAAGAGUUCUUGAAAGAUGGUUGUUUCAUACCCCAACAAACAAGUAAUAAUGGAGAGGUGUUUGAAAAGCAAGAAGAAUUAAAUGAUGGAUUGGUUGACAACGAGAAUGAAUUUGUUGACAUACAACAAGAACUGAUGGAGGCUGAGGUUCAACUUGAAGCAAUAGAUAAAGCAUGGAGUUCAGGGGUUAUUCACCUCAUUGGUGAAAAUGAAGUCAUAGCUGCCAAAGGAUCUGGUAUAGCCAAAAGAAUUUUGAUUGAUUAUGCUUACAAUUUUUUGAAGAGCAAUUUGAGGCAGAGAGGCGAAUUGUUUGAAAUUCCUCGCAAGCGCAUGCUAAAAGUGGGUAUGACCUAUGAACUUUAG